GUUAUAGUUCAAAAAUAUAUUUAUAUGAAUAUUUCAUAGAUUCGGGCGGCUGCCGAGGAAUUGGAUCAUCCUUAUCUAUUAAGGUUUAAUUAAUAUUAUUCUUCUUAUGUUUCUCUUUCAUUGCUAGUUAUAUUCAUGAAUUAUUCAAGUUAUAAAUACUUCCAACCUUAAGUAAAUGCAAAACCAUAUCAUUUUUAGAUUCUAAUUAAGUUCACAAAUAAAUGAAAAUGGCACCAUAUUCUCUAUCCAUUCUUACUCUUCUAAUAAUAAUAUUAUUAACUUGUUUUCAUGGAAAAGUAUUGCUGGUUUAUGCAGUUGAUUAUGAUUUUAGUUACAUGAAAUCAGUUUACAACGCAACCGAUCUACCAUUAGUAGAAGAAUAUGACUACAUAGUGAUUGGAGGUGGCACGGCAGGAUGCCCUUUGGCUGCAACUCUAUCAGAAAAGUACUCAGUUCUUGUCCUUGAAAGAGGAAAUGUCCCUAAAGCUCACCCAAACACAUUGGUUUCAUCUGGAUUUCUAGCUAAUCUAAUGGAAGAAGAUGAUGGCACGACGCCAGCGCAAAGAUUUACGUCAGAGGAUGGCGUUGAGAACGUAAGGGGUAGGGUUUUAGGUGGGUCAAGCAUGAUUAACGCCGCUUUCUUUUCAGAAGCUGACAAUGAUUUUCUUGCUAAAUCUGGCGUGGAAUGGGACAUGGAUGCGGUUGAGAAGGCUUAUGAGUGGGUGAAGAACAAGAUAGUGUCGUAUUCGAAUUUGUCGUUUUGGCAAGCUGCUGCGAAAGAAGCUUUUGUAGAAGCAGGGAUUGGUCCUGAUAAUGGAGUCACUACAAAACAUAAGAUUGGAGCUAAGCAAUCAGGUUCAACUUUUGAUGACAUGGGGAGAAGACAUGGAGCUGUUGAGUUGCUCAAUAAUGGAAAUCUCAAUAACUUGAAAAUUGCAAUUCAAGCUUCAGUACAAAGAAUUAUCUUCUCCUCUAAGUUCUCAAAUGUGACUGCUAUUGGAGUUAUAUAUAGCGAUAUAGAAGGGAAGUCUCACAAGGCACUAAUUCAUGAUAAAGGAGAAGUUAUACUAAGUGCAGGUGCACUUGGAAGCCCUCAACUUUUGUUACUUAGUGGAAUUGGUCCAAAAUCAUACCUCUCAUCACAAAAUAUUCCCAUAGUCCUAUCCCAACCCAAUGUUGGAAAAUUCAUGGCUGAUAAUCCUCGUAACAAUCUUAAUCUCAUAAUCCCAUUCCCAUUGGAAGCAUCAACAGGACAAGUUGUAGGAAUUACCAAAGAUUAUUACAUAGAGACCAACUCAUAUAGCUUGCCAUUUUCACCAACAAAAUUACCUUUUGGCUUUUACCCCACCCCAUUAUUACCACCACAAUUAACCCUAACAAUAUUCGUAGAAAAAAUUGUUGGGCCUUUGUCCACGGGUGCUCUUACGUUGGCUUCUGCCACUGAUGUCAAAGUCACACCACAUGUCCGGUUCAACUACUUCUCUAAUCCAAUUGACCUAGCGCGUUGCGUUAGCGCAAUGAAGAAAUUUGGCGAGCUGUUGAAGACUAAGUCUAUGGAUCGAUUUAAGUACAAGGAUAUGAAUGGUGUUAGGGAUUUCAUGUUUCUAGGGCAACUUUUGCCCACAAAUCAAUCAGAUGAUUCGCUAAUGGAAGACUAUUGUCGAAGUUCAGUUACAACCUUUUGGCAUUAUCAUGGCGGAUGUCUUGUGGGAAAAGUUGUUGAUGGUGAAUUUAGGGUUAUUGGAGCUAAUUCACUUCGAGUUGUUGAUGGUUCAACUUUUACUGUGUCUCCAGGGACCAACCCUCAAGCCACUCUAAUGAUGAUUGGUCGUUAUCUUGGAUUGAAGAUGGUAAGAGAAAGAGGAGAGUGACAAUUACAAAUAUAAAAUGAAGAUAUAUAUUAUCUUUUAUAUUUCUUUAUUAUAUGUGUAUACGUUUAUGAAUAAUAUUAUAGAAUGGAUUAUGAUCAGAAGUUGGACUCGUUUGUCCUAUUUCCUUUAUCUUUUUCUUUACUUGUACAGACUAUAAAUGAAUUAAUCAUGAUGUAAUCGAAAUAAAUAUAAACUAACUAAUUAAUUAUUGGACAGCCAAAAUAGUAAUAAUAUGCCACAAUAUUAUAUAUCUAUGCACGUACAAGAAAGUAGAGGUUAAUUUUUGCCACACCAACAUAUCAUCAUUCAUUAAUUAUAACAUCUACGAAAGUCAUCUUUAAUUUAUUGGCCUACUAAGACACAUAUCAAAUAAAAGUGUAUACAAUAACCCUUAAGAAUUUCACAACCUCAGCAUUAAUAAAACCAAGCUCAAAAAAAUUUAUUAUUAGGCCAUUAUUUUUUCUCUCAUAUAUA